UAAGGAUGGCAGUCUGGGACAAAAAGAUUCUCUGGGGCUUCAUGUUAAUGCUGGCAGGUGCUGGAGGUCAGAGUGUGAACUAUUCAGAUCCUGUUUGUGCUGUGAAAGGAUCCACUGUCACCCUCCUCUGCUCCUUCACACCACUCAAGACUUUCACUGAAGAGAAUGGAAGACAAGUUCCUUUAGAGAUCGUCAGAGUCCGCUGGUGCCAGAACCAUCCGAUUUGUCAAGGCCUCACCCCGUCUGUGUACGACAGUGAGUCUGUGAACAACGACCAUCGUUACAAAUAUCUGGGAGACAAGAAGGGAAACUGCACUUUACAGAUCACAGAUAUACAGAAGAGUGAUAACGCAACAUUUCGCUUCAGAAUGGAAGUUAAUUACACCAGAGGACAUUUUACUGGCCAAUCAGGAGUGAACGUUACAGUCACUGAUCCUGUUAGAAUGAGGAUAAACAGCUCCAGUGCAGACGGAGAGAUGAGAAGAGGAGAAUCAGUCACUCUGUACUGCACUGCAGUCUGCACUAUCCACCAACUGGAGGUCACCUGGUUCAAAGACAACCACGCCCUCUCAGAGUCUGGCCCCGCCCUCCAGCUCGGCCCGCUGACUGCAAAGGAUUCUGGGAACUACACCUGUGGUUUGAGGACCGACACACUCUCCCUGCCGUACAGUCUGCAUGUGGAGGCUGA